UUGGCAUGGGUGGCGGCAUGGGUGGCGUUGGCGGCAGUAUGGCGCGAGCAUCCCUCAGUGGAGGCAUGAGCUCAUUCAGUAUGGCAGGAGGAGCAGGAGGUGCUGGUGUCAGGGUCUCCCAGGCCAGCAGGAGCUUCUCCUCUGGCGGCUUCGGUGCAGGUGCAGGAUUCGGUGCAGGUGGAGGUUUUGGUGCAGGUGGAGGUUUUGGUGCAGGUGGAGGUUUCGGUGCAGGGGGAGGAUUCGGUGCAGGUGGAGGAUUCAGCGGAGGAAUGGGGAUGGAGGACAACCUCAUCGGCAACGAGAAGUUCACCAUGCAGAACCUGAACGACCGCCUGGCCACCUACCUGGCCAAGGUGGCGGCACUGGAGAAGGCCAACGCCGAGCUGGAGCUGAAGAUCAGGCAGUUUGUGGAGAGCAAGGUCGGCCCCACCACCAGAGACUACAGCGCCUACUUCGCCACCAUCGCAGAGCUGCAGGGCAAGAUCCAGGACGCCAUCAUCGCCAAGGGAACCGUCAUUCUGAGCAUCGACAACGCCAAGCUGGCUCAGGACGACUUCAGGGUCAAGUUUGAGAACGAGCUGUCCAUGCGUCAGUCGGUGGAGGCCGACAUCUCCGGGCUGAAGAUGCUGCUGGGAGAACUGGGCGUGGCCAAGACCGACCUGAGCAUGCAGAUAGACAGCCUGAAGGACGAGCUGAUGUCCAUGAAGAAGAACCACGAGGAGGACCUGAUGGCCAUGCGGACUCAGAUGAGCGGCCAGGUGAACGUGGAGGUGGACGCCGCUCCUCAGGAGGACCUCAACAAGGUCAUGGAGGAGAUCAGAGAGCACUACGAGACCGUCGCCGCCAAGAGCCGCAGAGACCUGGAGGCCUGGUUCAAUUCCAAGUCGGAAGCCCUCACUAAGGAGGUGGCGACCGCAGAGAUGACGCUGAAGUCUUCGACCUCGGAGGUGAAGGAGGUGAAGAGUCAGCUUCAGGCUCUGGAGAUCGAGCUGCAGUCACAGCUCAGCAUGAAAGCCUCUCUUGAAGGGACUCUGGCUGAGAUCCAGAGCCGCUACGCCAUGCAGAUGAACGGAUUCCAGAUGCAGGUGAGCAGCAUGGAGGAGCAGCUGGUGCAGCUGAGGGCCGACCUGGAGAGGCAGGGACAGGAGUACCAGAUGCUGCUGGACAUCAAGACCAGACUGGAGAUGGAGAUCGCCGAGUACAGGAGGCUGAUGGACGGAGAGGGAGUCGGCUCUUCAGGCAUGUCCACCACCACCACCACCAAAGUCCUCACAAAAGUCACCGAGUAGACCAUCUGACACCAAUCACACGUCUGUCUGAUCCGGGGGCGGAGUCACAUCUCAACCUAUCACCUGUCUGCAUGCUGAGUCAGGGAACACCUCCACCUGAUCAAAAGCUUUUCUCAUAUUUAUCCCUUCACUAUUUUUCUGCUGCAGUUUGAACCAUGAUCCCAGACUUGAGCUGGAGGGGAAACUUUAAACUUCCUUGAUAGUUUUGGUUGGUGUCAUCAUCAUCGCCAUGACAACUAAACGUCUGUCUGAUGUUUCAAGGAAUAAAACUCAACAAA